AUGGAUGAAUCAAGUGCGGGGCCCUCAAAAACACCUCCGCCAAUCAACCAACCCGUACGCGAUUGGUAUCGGGAAAGAGGCGAACUAGGACAAUUCGGAUUUCCAUCCGUCGACGAAACAAAAACGACAAGAAAAUCAUUGCAAGUUUUUGAGCGAGAAUGGACAUAUAUGACAAUGUAUUUACAAGCAAAAAUCAUGAGAAGACAAUUUCUGUAUGACAACUGCCACUUCAAAAUAAUCUGCGCAAGAUUGACAAUUGAAACUGUCAAAGAGACUCUUCUGGAAAAGAUCCCACCGCCGCACCUCCGUCUUGAGUUUUGCAACGUGAUUAGCUUGGUGUUCACAUACACCGAGUUAUUGGAAUAUGCAUUCAAAAUAAUGGAAACUAACAAAGAAUGGCUCCCGGAUAAGGUCAUCGACCAGCUCCUCAGAUUUGUUCCAAGGAUGGAGGAAUGUGCUCGCGAGUUGAAAACCGAGCUCCGAGAUUUUUCACAGAUUUUGAUCAUACGCGAUGAGAUCAUAGAGUACACAACCGGAUACUACAUGCGUUUAGCUGGCAAGGACACUAGUCAGCUGAAGAAAUCGGAGGAAGCAGGCAUCGGAUGCGAUAGAUAUUCGCCGUACGACUAUGAAUGGCUCUGUGGAUCGGUCAUUUCAGGACCAAAUCACCUGACUUAUGUCAAAUACUUGUGUGUGUCACGGAUGGCUCAGCUGAACCAUUGUAAGCUUCGCAACGAUAUAAUUGCUGCGAAACUCGGAGAAGAGAUUGAUUAUCUUCCACACAUAUCAGUUCCCUUGCCGAAAGAUGAAGAUGUCCACAAUGGAAAAGUUCUGUUAAAGGGGCUGAUGCACAGAGAGAUAAGCCUGAUGAAGCUCAUUUCGCAUUCAAAUAACAUUCUGGAAGGAAAAAUUGGAAAGGAUCCCGAUCUUGUUUUCGCCAAGGACAUUCUCAACAUGAUGACACUGCGUAGUGAUAUAAUGAAAAAGAAACGGAACGUAGCCAACUGCUUUCUCCGAGGAUCCCUUGCGAAACCUCUUCCAUAUUAUUGCAUCAUCGCAACUCUAUCUAUGGUUGAGGCACACUUGCUAAUACUUCACAAAGAGCUUGCGUUCUUCAUGGAUAAAGAUCUCGGAAUGUUUGGAAAGGCUAUUCCUAGAGAGGUCUACAAUGCUUGCUUCGAAGUGUUCAAGUACACCAAUGACACUCAAUGCAACAAGUUUCCUCUCAACGAGUUUAUUGAGGAACUUCUGGAAAAUUUCCGAGUGAAGUCCAACGGACUGCUUCGUUCGUGGCAUGAUACUUUAGCAAUGAGCUGUGAGAACGAAUGUAUGACAUCCGUUGAAUGCGACUUGACUGAAAAUCUACAUUCUGUGUACACAUUCAAACGAGAGGACUUGCCGGAAACGCUGUCAAUUCAUGCAGAUCAAAUGAUAAAGAAUCUGCACUGGGAAGAGUUUGAGCUUGUUCGUUUAUACUCUCAAUAUCUUCAAGUUCGACAAGGCUACUAUGAUUGGCCGAGAAAAAGUGGAACUCCUGAAUUGAUGCUGAACACUUGUGCAGAACCAGUCAACGCCUUCCAUUGCAACUUCCCUGAUGUCAUGUCUACUGAAAUCGUUGAGCUUGUCACUGCUGACGCGCCUUCAAUUCAUACCCGCAUGACAGCCGAAUCCUUUGCGGGAUAUGAAAUCCUUGCUCAUGCCUACAGAAUCACAGGAGAGGCAAAGGGUCUUCCAGACAGUGGCGAUCUACUCGAGCAGUAUGCUGCACACUUUCUUGUUGCUUUCGGAGGCAAUGAUGUUGAUGGAGUUACGACGUUGCAACUGGCUGUUCUGUUCACUGACAUUCUCGAGCAUGACUUUGAAAUGACUGAAUACCUUGCCAAGUAUCCUGUUCUCAAGACGAAAUCUGUUCAACUUGCAAGACAAUUGGCUUAUAAUGGCGUGGAAAUUUUUAUAAAGGCGUAUAAUCACCAUGCAGAAGUCCAAAAGGCUAAAAUGGCGUUGCCAAAGAAAAGAGUACGCUCUGAUGAAGAAGAUGACGAAGAUGAUUACAAGUACCACCCAGCCCCACAAAUUGUAGAUAUGAAGACAAAAAUUGCUCAACUUGCCCACGAACGACAGAAUGGUGCUCAGACUGUUGCUGAGAGUAGUACUAAACCUUCCAACUCCAACGCCCAUUCCAAUUCUUCGAAGAAGUCGAAGAAAAAAAAAUCAGGAAGAAGAUACAGAUGA